UUUCUUUGGGCCAAAGAAUCUCUCCGGAGGCUAUUCAGCCAAUUACACAUCCCUACAAAAGAUUCUUAACGACCAUUAACCUGCGCUGCAUCAUCACCCGUUGCGUUUUCCGCCCGCCACCUUUCCCCCCCCCCCAACGGUUGCAUUGUUACGACCAUCAAUAUGAGCGAUACGGUCGAUCGUCCGCCGGCGGACCUUUCAUUGCCCGCCUCUGCAACGGAUAUCAACUCGAUUACCCCUGUGCCACCCAAUGCGCCAUCGGCGGCCAUCUCUAGUAACUUCUCGGAUUCCCAGCAAGAGCUAGCAGCGACGACCUCGUUGCCUGGCUCAACGGCAGAAUCCACCACAUUACCUCAAAUUCCUCCAAACGCACUCGUACGAGAACACUCAACCGCCAUCGGACCGUCAUUAGACCAGCCGGCGCCGCCACGGAGAGAAUCAUCUGCCACAGGCGGGCCCACUGUGCUCAUUACAUUAUUAUUGACAAACUCGGCACGACACCCAUUCAAGAUUGACGAACGAUAUUUGAGGAAGCGGAAUAUCGCCGUGGAGGAGAUGAACCCGUUCAAUCUGAGCGUAUAUGCGUUGAAGGAGCUCAUCUGGCGAGAAUGGCGAGACGAAUGGGAAACUAGACCAUCAAGUCCGACGUCCAUUCGAUUAAUAUCAUUUGGUAGACUACUUGAUGACAAGUCAUUGCUAAAAGACUGCCGUUUCAACGCUGACUCGCCCAAUGUCGUGCACAUGACGGUCCGGCCACAAGAAAUUGUCGAUGAGGAGGAUGCCAAAACGACCAAACACAGCUACGGGCGUGACCGCGAUGGAGCUGAUCGGUCCCCAGGCUGCCGCUGUGUCAUUCUAUAAUACCCCACUGUCCCUUUAGUGGAUCUCUU